GGGCGUGGCCCCCGGGAGCGGCGGCGGGCGGGGCUCAGCGCGGGCCUGACGCGCAUCAUGGCGGCGCGGCAGCUGCUGAGGGCGGCCCCGGGGCGGCGCGGCUAUAGCGGCGCGGGCGCCGCCGAGUUCCUGCACCGCAGCAUCGUGCCCACCAUGCACUACCAGAAGAGCCUGCCCAGACUGCCAGUUCCCAAGCUAGAAGAUACAAUUACGAGAUACCUGAAUGCCCAGAAACCGCUUUUAAAUGAUGACCAGUUCAGGAAAACUGAAGAACUUGCUCAUGCCUUUGAAAAGGGGAUUGGAAGAGAGCUGCAUGAGCAGCUGGUUGCUCAAGACAAUCAGAACAAGCAUACAAGUUACAUUACAGGUCCCUGGUUUGACAUGUACCUCAAAGCACGUGACCCUGUUGUUUUGAAUUUUAAUGCAUUUAUGUCUUUUAAUCCCGAUCCAAAAUCGGAAUACAACGAUCAGCUCAUACGAGCUACAAACAUGACUGUUUCUGCCAUACGUUUUAUGAAGACCUUCAGGGCUGGUUACUUGGAACCAGAGGUUUUUCACCUCAAUCCAGAAAAAAGUGACACUGAGAUCUUUAAAAAAAUAAUCCGAUUUGUGCCUUCUUCAAUUUCUUGGUUUGGUGCCUACAUGGUCAAUGCUUACCCCCUAGAUAUGUCUCAGUACUUCAGGCUUUUCAACUCUACACGGAUUCCUAAGCUCAACAAAGAUGAGCUUUAUACAGAUGAAAAUGCAAAACAUUUGUUAGUGUUGAGAAAUGGAAAUUUCUAUGUGUUUGAUGUUAUUGAUAGAGAUGGAAACAUGCUGAAACCCUCAGAAAUACAAGCACACUUGAAAUACAUCCUCAGUGACAACAGUCCGGCCCCGGCCUUCCCUCUUGGCUACCUCACCAGUGAAAACCGAGACACGUGGGCAUUGCUGAGGAAGAAUCUGCUGGAGAAUGGCAAUGAAGAAGCUCUUCAAAAAGUAGACUCUGCCAUGUUUUGUUUAAGUUUAGAUGAUUUUCCUGUUAAAGACCUUGUGCACUUGUCCCACACUAUGUUGCAUGGAGAUGCUGCAAACCGCUGGUACGACAAAUCCUUUAAUCUUAUCAUAACUAAGGAUGGCACUGCAGGAAUUAAUUUUGAACAUUCCUGGGGAGAUGGUGUGGCUGUGCUCAGGUUCCAGAAUGAGGUUUUCAAAGACAGCACCAAGACCCCGGCCGUCAGCCCCCAGUCCCAGCCUGCCUCAGUUGACUCCUCCAGAGCAGUGCAGAAACUUGACUUCAAGCUGAACGAUGCCUUAAAAGCGGGGAUUACCAAAGCCAAACAGAAGUUUGAUGCCACUGUAGAAUCGCUGUCCCUUAACAUGAUUCAGUUCCAGGAAGGGGGCAAGGAGCUGCUGAAGCAGAAGAAGGUGAGCCCGGACGCCGUGGCUCAGCUGGCCUUCCAGAUGGCGUUCCUCCGCCAGUACGACCAGACCGUGGCCACCUACGAGUCCUGCAGCACCGCAGCCUUCAAGCACGGCCGCACGGAAACCAUUCGCCCCGCCUCUGUGCACACAAAGAAAUGCUCCGAGGCCUUUGUCAAGGAGCUCUCCAAACACAGCACGGGGGAGCUGCAGAGUCUGAUAGUGGAGUGCUCCAAGUACCACGGCCGUUUGACCAAAGAGGCUGCUAUGGGCCAGGGCUUUGACCGGCAUCUCUUCAGCCUGCGCUGCCUGGCCUUGUCCAAGGGGGUGGCGCUGCCCGAGUUCUACCAGGACCAGGCCUACGCCCGCCUCAACCACAACAUCCUCUCCACCAGCACCCUGGUGAGCCCGGCCGUGCAGCUGGGCGGCUUCGGGCCCGUGGUGCCCGAUGGCUUUGGAUUGGGCUAUCAGGUGCAGGAUGACUGGAUAGGCUGUAGUGUGUCCUCUUACCCAGCCAGGAAUGGUGAGGAGUUCCUGCAGUGUAUAUACAAGUCAUUAGAAGAUAUCUUUAAUGUUUUAAAGGGCAAGAAAAUCAGUAGUUAGGUAUUAAGACAUUGGGACGUUUUGCAGUUGCAGAACAAGGUGCAGAUUAUGUCUAAUUGACAUAUUAAUCAGUGUUCUGCAUGGCUGAGAUUGGCCAGCUUAAUUGGGUUUGUGUAUCCUCACUGAACUUGGAUACUGUUAGAUUCUCUAGGAAAUUUGUAUCUAUUUUAAAGAAAUCAAUUACAGACUUUGAAUGCAUUUCAGGAAAUACAGACAUUAACUAUGUCAAAUUAACUAAUAGAUCGUGUGUUUUUAAAACACAUAAUCUAAAAUAAGUAUUUUUAUUGAGUUAAUGAACUUGGAACACCUGUUCCAUGAGUGUUUGGACAGACUAAAGUACUGUGAUACCACUCUUGAACUGUUUGGUUUUAAAAAAAAUACAUGCAAUAAUUUUAAACAUGAAGGAGUGGUUCCAUUUGCACUCUUGCAGUAAGCUUGCUUACUAACUUGUCACACUUAUCUCUUUAAACUUGAAUUAAUAUCAGAACUGAUUGUGCCUCAACUGCUUGAAGCCUUUCCCCUGUAACAGCUUUUAGAGACACAAAAAAUGAAGUGAGGGGCUUUAAGUAACCUGCAGCAACCAACUGGGUUGUUAAACUGACUGGAAAAGACUGUGUUUUAAUAAAGCUGUCUAUAAAUAACCACAAAGUCCUUUUAUUGCCAUAUCUAAAUCAUUCAGCAUGGUAGACCCUUUAUCAAUAGCUCAUGUUUCUUACAAAGGUUGGAAAGAAAACUGCUGCAAGGAUUCUGCACUCUGCCUGGUGUGUAGCCCUUGAAUUCCUGCCUUUUACCCUCUUGAUUUCCACUCUUUUUUUUUCUGGGAGGCCGAGUCUUUCUGUGGAGCUGAAUUGCCCAGUGGUGUUGGCUUCUGUGGUGCAGCUCAUGUCCCACUGGCCCAGAGGCUCAGAAACUACUUCCCUUUGCUCUUCCUUUGGGUAUCUCAAGCUUCCAGGUCCUCCCAGAGUCUUUUUAAUUUAGCACAGUAAGUGUAAGCAAUACCCUGUCCUGGAAGUAUGAAAUAAAAGUUCUAGCAGGGGAGAGGCUUUUCAUAUGUAAGCCUGAAGGCUUUGCUCCUGUAAUGUGCUGUUCUAGUGUGCAGCUGAAAAGCAGUAUUUUAAAACUGACUUUAAAACUUGGCAUGAUUUUUUUUUUUGUUCAUUUAAACAAAGAAAGGAAGGUGGUAAUUUGGGAAGAUGCAGGAAAUAACAUAUCAGGAAACAAUAAUCAAACCAAAAGUCUGAAUAAGAUUCACGAAAGGUUGGCUGGGCUUUUUUUUUUUUUUUUUUUUUUUUUUGCGGGGGGUGUUUGGUGUGGUUGUUUUGUUUUGUUUUGAAACAUGAGAACAGCUGGCAAGAUUGUGAGUGCACUCCCCAGGAGUACAAAGUCUGUCUUCAGCUAAAAAUGAGGUUUACUUAAUGACACGCUUGGAAAGAUAACUUGCUUUCCAGAGGAUUGUAACUGUGUAAAAAGCUUUGGUGUUCUCAGGAAACUCACCUCAGUCUUUACCUGAAGUGGCAGAAGGCUUCUUUAAGGUGUAGCUGUUCCCUGAACAGUGAACACAGUGCCUUCACUAAUGCUUGUAGCCAUUUCCUCAUGAUAGGAGUGGUGAGUGGGAAGACUUUAUUUGCUUAAGUUAGAGAAUCAAAUGUGGCUAAUUCCUGGUGACCAACUAUUAAAACCUUUAAG